UCUGGCUUCAAUCAUCGAGCGAGGGAAGAGCGCUCCUAAUAUUGCUCUCCAACCAAAAAGCCCCAAAAUAUCUCGAGAUUCCAUCGUUAAUAUUGCUUUCCGAGCUCCCAGUUCUCGAGAUUUUCUGCAAUAUUGGAGUUCCCGAAUCGAAUCCACACUCGGCGAGUUCUCCUCUGCAAAAAUCCAUCCAGGAUUCGAACCCAAGCAUCGAAUUCGUGAGCCGAGGGUGAGACCCCGGAGAAUGGACUCCCCGGAGACAUAGAGCAUCGGAUUCCCGCUUUGUCGUGGUGAGAUUUUGUAUUUUGGGCCCCAAAGUUUUGAUUUUUGAGGUGCUGGAAGGGCCAUGGCGAUGGAUUUGGGGUCGGUGAUGAUCAAAAUGGGGGUCCUCUCGGCGUCUGAUGACUCUGAUCACAUGUCGGUGGUGUCGAUCAAUCUCUUCGUGGCGCUGUUGUGCGCGUGUAUAGUGAUCGGCCACUUGCUGGAGGAGAAUCGGUGGAUGAAUGAGUCCAUCACUGCCCUUUUUAUCGGGCUCUGCACUGGAGUGAUUAUUCUUCUAACUACUAAAGGAAGGAGUCCGCAUCUUCUAGUCUUCAGUGAAGAACUCUUUUUCAUAUACUUGCUUCCGCCAAUUAUUUUCAAUGCUGGGUUUCAAGUCAAAAAGAAACGGUUCUUCCGCAACUUCAUGACAAUUAUGCUGUUUGGUGCAGUUGGAACACUGAUAUCCUUUACUAUUAUUUCACUUGGUGCAAUAGGAAUAAUUAAAAAAAUGGAUAUAGGUGAUCUGGAAACUGGAGAUUAUCUUGCAAUUGGGGCAAUCUUUUCUGCAACAGAUUCUGUUUGCACCUUGCAGGUGCUCAGUCAGGAUGAGACGCCUUUACUUUAUAGCCUGGUUUUUGGUGAAGGUGUUGUAAAUGAUGCCACUUCAAUAGUGCUCUUUAAAGCAAUCCAGAACUUUGAUCCAGGACAUGCUGAUGCUGUUACUGUUCUGAAGUUUGUUGCAAACUUCUUUUAUCUAUUCUUUACCAGCACCUUGCUUGGAGCAUUUGCUGGAUUGUUUAGUGCUUAUCUCAUCAAAAAGUUGUAUUUUGGCAGGCAUUCUACUGAUCGUGAAGUUGCACUUAUGAUACUUAUGGCUUACCUUUCCUAUAUGCUGGCAGAACUAUUAGAUUUAAGUGGUAUUCUCACAGUGUUCUUCUGUGGAAUAGUAAUGUCUCACUAUACUUGGCAUAAUGUGACAGAAAGUUCUAGAGUUACCACCAAGCAUGCCUUUGCAACAUUAUCAUUUAUUGCUGAGAUUUUUCUCUUUCUUUAUGUUGGCAUGGAUGCAUUAGACAUUGAAAAGUGGAAGCUGGCCAGUAACAGCCCUGGAAAAUCAGUUGCUGUGAGCUCGAUUCUGCUAGGUAUGGUAUUGAUUGGAAGAGCAGCUUUUGUUUUCCCGCUAUCUUUUCUUUCCAACUUGAGUAAGAAGUCUCCCAAUGAGAAAAUCACCUUUAAGCAGCAAGUCAUAAUAUGGUGGGCUGGUCUAAUGAGGGGAGCAGUAUCAAUUGCACUUGCAUAUAAUAAGUUUGCUAGGACUGGCCAUACCAUAUUGCGUGGAAAUGCAAUCAUGAUCACCAGUACCAUCACCAUCGUUCUCUUUAGCACUGUGGUGUUUGGGUUGAUGACAAAGCCUCUGAUAAGGUUUUUAAUGCCUCCAAGCGCAAAGCAUCUCAGCAGGGAUCUCAGCAUGUCAUCCGAGCCUCCAAGUCCUAAAUCUUUCCUCUCCCCGUUGCUCGGAAAUGGGCAGGGAUCUGAGGUGGAAACAGGGCAAAAUGUCCCGCGUCCAACAAGCCUGCGUAUGCUUCUCACUGCACCAACUCGUUCAGUUCACCAUUACUGGCGUAAGUUUGAUGAUGCUGUCAUGCGCCCGGUGUUUGGUGGGCGAGGUUUUGUUCCAUUUUUUCCUGGUUCACCAGCUGAAAGAAGUGUCCAUGCAUUGCAAUGAAUCAAAAGGGCAUGGGAAGUAUAGAGAAAGAACCAAAUCAUAGUUCUCCUGGUUAUGCAUGUAGUUAGUGCUUAACGAGUAAAUGCAGUCAAUGCUCGUAGCAUUCUGGAACUUUGCAGGGUUCUGGCUUGGCAGGUUGGAGUGCUGUGUUAAUUCUGAGUCCUAAUACUUUUUUUUCUUCCUGUAUGUUCUCUGACUGGUGAUGCAGGUCCCUGAGGACUUACAUGACAUAACGGUUGUAGGCUUCAUCAUAAUGUGCUGUAUACUCCACAAUAUUUUAGGCUGUAAGUUAUGUGUUCGGAUGUAUUAUGAUUCAUCAAUCGGGUUUGUUCUGUUGUAUCUAUAAUUGUGUACCAUAAGAUAAUAUAUUAAGACAUUUAGACCAUCUAAGAGCUUCAAUGCUUGCUCUUGUUGUGCC